CGACGAUGGUGUGGUUCCCGGUUGCGGCAAGCUCUUCGUGAGCGGAGUGCCGCUGCGGCCCCACAGAACUACGAAUGCCGACUCGCUCGGCACCUCCACGACACUCACCGACCAUGCCAUCAAGAAUGCCCAGCUCGGCGACUUCGGGCAAUACAAAAAUGCAAGCCAUGUCGCCGUCAACGUGUCAUCGCAUGAGUCAGCGGCCUUGUUCUUAAGAGGGGCCACCUUCCGUAGAGGCCACCGGGGCACCAUAAAUGAUUGUUUUCCUGGGUCCAGUUCGAAACACAUGAAAGCAACAAGGAAUGUGAUUGAACAUGCAUUGGAUCCACUCGUGCCCCUUUUGGGUAACCGCGUGGGUAUUGUCAUUGCGUGGAAUGUGAUCUCCAAGCAUAACCCGAAGCAGUUGGGUUAUACAGCGAAUAGGCACGUCGUCAUGGACAGCAUUGUUUGGCGAUGCCAGCUACGAGCGACAGCCAACAUUCAAACAUGCGUGAUGCAUCGGUCAGUCUGAAAGCAUUCACGCGUUCACAGACAUAACGCUUGUUGUAGUACUUCGUCACGAUGUUCACCUCAUGCGGUCAAUGGUAGAAUUUUUGUUUCAACGGGCAAGGUGGCACUGUGGCUGAUCCGCAGGCAUCUGGUGUGGGCAUCCGAAAUCUGCGCUUGAUGUGGCAGGCGGACCCAGCACUCGCUGCCGCUGCGACCACGUGCCGUAGCAAAAAAUCCGGUACGGAACUCUUGAAGUCUGGCACCGAAUUCUUCAGAUGCGCGAGGGACGGGUACCACGACAUCGAGGAUUGGCCGCCCCCAGAGAAGAUGCCUCGGCCGCAGCCCAGGCCUUUGCGAGGGCUCCCUGCCGCUGCACCAAAGCAGGGGUGGCUUGAAUGGAAUUCACUGCGGGGCACGGAUCCUCGACCACCACAGCGCAGAGAGGGCAUGAUGGGGGACAGGAGCCGAGCGGAGGCAGGGAAAGCAAAGCUGUAGGUAAAAGCCGACGGGGGGCUAGUGAGGGCGAAGGCGGCGGUCGAGAUCCAGGCCCGCUGGGAGGGAAGGCUUGGAAGCCUGGAAGACAGUCUGCUACAAGCGUGCCCCUUUCAGAGCUUAGCGAUGGGCUGCAAGACCGAGCGCCGCAGCAAGGGCGAACAGCGGCGCCGUCCGGAACGCCGCGCGGGGGGCCGCGGGGCUCGUCGUGUCGUCGCCCAUGGUGGUGUCCGUCAGGCGACGCUCGUCGGCCAUGGUGGUGGACUCGUCCACUGCCGC